AUGAGCGGACGCGACCUCUUCGGGCGACCGCUGCCGACGGGAUCGAUGUCGGGCGGCGGUUCUGACCCGCCACGACCACCACAACAGCCGCGACCGCCGCCGUCUUCCCAGCCCUCAUCUCGAGCCAUGACGGCGCUGGAUGCGAGUGCCGAUGCGCGACUAGGUGCUUUCCGACAGCUCAUGUCGCUGUCUUCGCAACUGCCAACCUCCUCGAGCCCUCACGCAUCCCUACUCGCUCGCAUCCUGCAGAUCUGCGAGACUCUUCCUCCGCAGGCCUUCUCCCCUUCGCUCAUCAACUAUGUGCUCUUUCCCUUGACUUCGAUUCUCCGCCAAAGCGACCCUUCGGCAUUGCCGGACAACUUUCUCGAAACGGCGUACAACCUGCUUGCGUUCAUCAUUACGCGAUGGCGUAGUGCGUCGGGCGGGAUGGACGUGAAGGCGUGGGAGCAGCUGUGGCGCUUUGUCGUCGCGUCUGCCUCCCCAAGAGUGGGGAAGGACAGGCGGGGCGAGGAACUGAGUCAGGAGGCAGCGACGGCAGCACUGAACGUGCUCAUUGCGCUCCUGCGCGAUCCGACGGACGAGAUGAAGACGAAAGUCCAGGAUCCUAGGGGACUGCUCCCAACGCUGUUCCAGAGCAUCACCCUCGGCGUUGAUCUGAGCAACCCCGCGCCGCCGAAUACAACCCUGCAGCGUGCCUCUGUCCACCUCCUGCAGGUUGCGCUGCCCUAUGUUACCAAGUCGAACAUCCUCGCCUCUCUGCUUCCCGGCGUGGUCAGCGCCAUGGCCAAGGCCAUAGUCGGCGGCGUGAAGGGCGACAUUGGCCUGGACAUGGCGAGCGUAGUCCAGGACGUACUGGUGCGCACUCUGAACGAUGCGGAUCUGCGUGAUUCUGGUGUCCUGGCUCCGCAAUACGAUGAUCUCGCCGACCUGGCCGGGGCCUGGAACGCCCAGCAGGAGAAAGAUCUCGGUGUCGAGGACUACGAGAUUGACAUUGACAUGACGGACGAGGAGAGGGCGGAGCUGGCCCAAAGCACAGGAGCAAGCGGAACCAGCGCCAAAGCCGGAGAAAGUAUCGGAGGGCCAAGUGCGGGCGCGCCAAACCCGUUCCCGCCACUGAACGCAAAGUAUCUCCAGUACACGGGCGCGCAGCUGCAGGCCACCGUUCCCCCGAUCCUGUCGACAUUGGCAGGCCACCAAUCGCCCGAUGCCCGAGCUGGCGCAGCGAGUCUCGCCUCGGCCCUCCUCUUGCGGUGCCGGGCGUCACUCCCCCGCCUGGUCCCACACACGCUUUCGACCCUCCUCCUCCUCUCCACGGACGAAUUUGACGCCGUCCGUGAUGCAGCCGAGACGGAACUCUUGUCCCUCCUCGGUCCCGAGGCGCCAGACCUCGAGAAUGCCCUUGUGGAGCUGCUUUCUGGAGCCAUCAACGCUCUUCCCCGUCUCAUUCGGGCAGGGGACGAGAAGAGGGUCGACGAAACGGCACGACUCAUCAUCGCCCUUGCUCAUACGACUGCCAGGAGCGAGAGCAGGUUUAACCCGAUUGCGGCCUUCCUCGGCCCAAGUGGGCAUGUGGAGCGAUGGGCAUUUGCGUUGCUCGAAUGUCUCGAAUUUGGACGGCCACGGGGAUGGAGCGCGCAGGAAGGAGGCGCGGCGAGAACAGCGGCAUUGGGAUGGGGUGGGGGUCUGACUAGCCGUAGUCUCCCACUGCUAACCGAGGCGCCGUCUGCCGCCGACGCCUCCGACACCGGUGCCGACGCAGCUAGCGGAGCACAAGAAGGCAGCGGGAGAGCACAAGGCGGAGGAGUGCCGCCCGAAGCCUCCUUCCCGAACCUGCCGCUCCGCUACGUGCCCUCUCCCCGUAUCGCGUCGCGCCUCGAGUCCAUGCUGUCAUCCCUCGGCGCAGCAGGGGGCGAACCAGCCCUGCACUCAGUCUCGUACUUCGUCAGCUUUGCGCGGGGCAAUGCCAUCGCUGCCCCUGCCCGAUCAACGUCCGCAGUCUGGGUCGCCGAUAAUCUGCUCUCCGGCAUCGCGUCGACUUCGACGGGCACGAAGGCGCCGAAAGCCGUUAGGAAGGCGGCGCGGGACGUUGCGCGGGCUCUGGUCGAGCUGGAUGAGGCCGAGGACGAGGCUUACGAGGAGGACGAACAGGACAGGGCGCAUGCGGACGGCACGGUGCUUGCGCCCGAGCGCAAGAGUGGACUGCAGGAACUCACGACGCUGCUGGACCGGCCGAUGGCGAAUCAGAGUGCCUCGGAGGAGACAGCACGGCUGGACAGACGGAGCCAGCGGUGUCUCCUGACGUGCUUCAGUCUGCGCUCCGUCUCGACCUCCGCCUCGAUUCUCGGCGCGAGCUUCAAGCCAUUGUUGCUACACACUCUGUACCCGCUCCUCGCAGCUCUGAGCCACCCCGCCGACCUCGUGAGGACAUUCGCCGAGGUGGCCCUCGCCAAAGUCGCCUAUGAGAGCGGAUACGCGUCCGCGCAGAACAUGGUGCUCGCCAACGCCGACUAUGUCGUCAACUGCGUCUCCCAGCGCCUCACCUAUCACCGUUUGGAUUCGCAGGCACCCCUAGUCCUGAUAGCCAUGAUCCGGCUCGUUGGGGCUGAGAUUGUGCCCCUGGUGCACGAUAUCGUGGACGAGGUGUUUGACGCCCUGGACGCCUUCCACGGGUACGCUGCGCUGGCGUCUGCUUUGUUGGCGGUGCUCAAUGCGCUCGUGGAGACGAUGGCGAACGAUCCGCAGGCUAUGGAGACGGAAGAGGGCAGGAAGCGGAAAGAGGAGGAUAAGGCUGAUACGGAACGGUUCCUCCGCCCGCCUAACCCGGAGAGCGACUUUGCCAAGUUUGGCGAGUGGUGGGCAUCACGCAGUGCCCGGGCUCAGAAAGACAUGGACGGGAUCCUGGAACGAGCACCCCGGCAUGGGUGGGGAAAGAACGCUCCCGACGCCAACCCGGACGCUCCCGGCGAGGGCGAGGGCGAAGGGGAAGGGGAGCAGCCGCAAGAAGAGGAAGUGCCCCCGACCCGCGGCGAGGAGCUUGGCACCGCCAUCCUCUCCAAAGCAACGUACUAUCUCUCCCAUUCCUCGCCCUUCCUGCGUGCGCGCGUCCUCGCGCUCAUCGCGAGCUGCGUCGCCGUGCUCUCUGGGCGGCCUGCCGCCCUCCUCCCCGAAAUCGACAAGGCGUGGCCGACCAUCAUGCUCCGCCUUACCGAUCCCGAGCCGUACGUCGUCGUCGAGGCCGUGUCCCUCCUCCGCAGUCUCUGCGAGUACGUCCCGAGCUAUAUCUCGAAGAGACUCGCGGAUGCGUGGCCUACGCUUCGCCGCUUGCUCGUCGCGCAGAUGGAGCAGGACCGCAGGAACGAUCUCGCCACGAGAGGCGUCGUGGGCAGGGUGGACAAGUUCAGCGCCAGUCACAGGCUGUACGCGGCCCUACUUGGCGUCGCGCAGUUCAUGGUCGCGGCUGUGCCCGUGAAGGAGGGCGUGGUGUGGGACGUGUGUGUGAGCUUUAGGCCGUUCCUCGACGUGAGGGCGGAGGCGGAGCUCCAGGACGGCGCUAGGGAGCUGUACUCUGCGCUGAAUGAGCGGGAUGGCGACCUCACGUGGACGGUAUUGAGUGCGAGCAUAGGCAGUCUGGAGGGAGAUAGGGGGACGUGGGACUACCUCCGCGAUCCGAAGGGAGACCUGCGCGCGAACGCGAUGGCCGUGCUGGCUUCGUAG